AAAAUCGAGAAGAAAAGCCAUGGCUAAACAACUCCAUCUUCUUUCCAAGUUGCCAGUCACUCCUCCACUCAACCACUUGACUGUCUGUCUCUCCCUAUGUACGGACUCAUCAAACGGCAACGACCUUUUUCAAGAACAACGCAAUGAAGUAGUUCGCAAACUCCGAAUCCUCCUCCAACAAAACCGCACUGGAACCGCUCAAAAUCUCCUUAAAUCCCUCCUCAAAGAUUCUCCCUUCUCUUCGCCUCAUGAACUCUUCUCUCUUUUCUCUAUUUCUUCGCCCCCCUUAAAACCCAUUUUCUCCAAUAUGUUGUCAGUUCUAUCCUCCGCUAAAAUGCCCGUUGAAGCUACACAACUUUACUAUUCUCUUCGAAAAGGUAUUUUUCCUUCUUUAGCUUCUCUCAGUGCUUUGCUUGAAUGUUUGGUGAAUUGUAAUCAAUUUGAUAAGACUCUUGAAUUGUUUGGGGAGAUUGUAGGGUCGGGUUUUCGACCCGAUAGGUUUACUUAUGGUAAAGCUGUUCAAGCCGCGGUGAAAUUGGGUGAUUUGGAUAGGGGUUUUGAGAUUGUUGAGUCUAUGAGAGAAGGAGUGAGUCCUAAUGUAUUUGUUUAUAAUGUUUUGAUUAGUGGGUUGUGUAAGAAGAAAAUGCGGGAUGCGGGGUUUUUUGAUGAAAUGUGUAGGAGAAAAUUGGUGGCAACGAGGGUUACCUAUAAUACGUUGGUUGAUGGGUAUUGUAAAGUUGGGGAGUUGGAGAAGGCUUUUGAACUGAGAGAAAGAAUGAAGAUUGAGAAUGUGGAGGCGAAUUUGGUUACUUACAAUUCUUUACUUAGUGGCCUUUGCAGGGCGAAGAAGAUGGAAGAGGCGAAAAGGGUUUUCAAGGAAAUGAAAGAUCAUGGUUUUGUGCCUGAUGGGCACAGUUGUAGGAUCCUUUUUGAUGGGUUAUUAAGGAGUUGUGAUGGGGAGGGUGUGAUGGCUUUGUAUGAAGAAGCGUGUGGGAGAGGUGUUAGGAUUGAUAGUUAUACUUGUAGCAUUUUGUUGAAUGCAUUAUGUAAAGAAGGCAAGGUUGAAAAGGCGGAGGAAAUUUUGGAGAAGGAAAUGGAAAAUGGGCUUGUUCCGGAUGAGGUUAUGUUUAACAAAAUUGUGAAUGGGUAUUGUCAAAGGGGCGACAUGAAUAGAGCUAAUUUGACCGUUGAACGGAUGGAAAAUCGUGGGUUGAGACCGAAUUGCAUUACUUUCAAUUCUUUGAUUGACAAGUUUUGUAAAAUGAGAGAGAUGGAUAAGGCAGAGAUAUGGGUGAAGAAAAUGGUGGAUAAGGGUGUUUCUCCAAAUUUAGUUACACAUAACACCCUGAUUAAUGGCUAUGGACGGACGGGCCUUUCUGAUAGGUGCUUCCAGAUUCUUGAAGAAAUGGAAAAUAAUGGGUUAAAGCCAAAUGUUGUAAGCUACGGUUCUCUCAUAAAUUGCAUGUGCAAGGAUGGGAAGCUUCUCGAAGCUGAAAUAGUCCUCAGGGAUAUGGAAGGCAGAGGGACAUUUCCUAAUGCUCAAAUAUAUAACAUGCUUAUUGAUGGUAGCUGCACAGUGGGGAGGAUUAAAGAUGCUUUCAGGUUUCUUGAUGAGAUGGUGAAAAGUAAAAUUGGUCCAACACUUGUAACUUAUAAUGCCCUAAUUAAUGGCCUUUGCAAAAUGGGAAGGUUAAUGGAAGCUGAAGACUUGCUUCUCCAAAUAAGUAAAAGUGGUCUUAGUCCGGAUGUGAUUACAUAUAACUCACUGAUCUCAGGGUAUUCUACUACAGGAAAUGCUCAAAAAUGUCUUGAGCUAUACGAAAAUAUGAAGAAGUUGGGCAUUAAACCUACUCUAAAGACUUAUCAUCCUCUUAUUAGUGGAUGCAGCAAAGAGGGAACUGUAGCUGUAGAGAAACUAUUAAGUCAAAUGUUACAGACUAAUUUGGCUCCUGAUCUACCUGUGUAUAAUGCACUCAUUCACUGUUAUGUACAGCAUCGAGAUCUUCAAAAGGUAUUGGCAUUGCAUAGUGAAAUGGUGGACCAAGGAAUUCGUCCAGACAACUUGACUUAUAAUAGCUUGAUUUUUGGAUUCUUAAAAGAGGGAAAAUUAUCUGAAGUAAAAGAUCUUGUCAAUUCCAUGAAGGCCAGAGGAUUGAUCCCUAAAGCUGACACAUACAACAUACUGAUUAAGGGAUAUUGUGAAAUUAAGGAUUUUGGUGGAGCAUACAUUUGGUACAGAGAGAUGCUUGAGAAUGGUUUCCUCCCCAGUUUUGGUAUAUGCAAUGAACUUACCAGUGGUCUUAAACGGGAUGGCAGGUUGGAAGAGGUCCAGAUUAUAUGCUCUGAAAUGAGUGCUAAAGGAAUUGAUGAUUGGAACAUUACUGAGGAUCUUUCUGCUGCUGCCAAAAUGUAGAGUGAUACUUGGUGUGAUUUAGUACUCAUGACCUCGAUUUAUUAAGCUCUCAAGGAAAGCAGGAAAUGCAGCUGCAUAAAGCACUAUGAUUACUUGGAAAUUCUUGAUGCUUAUGCCCAACCUGGCCCUGAUUUUCUCUGGUGCACCAUCUCUCUUGUUCUCAAUCCAGAAUUUCUUUUGGUUCAGACUUAGCUGGAAAUUUUGGUAUGAAUAUUCUUGCUUAAUUCACAGUCAAGUAUUUUGUGUUUUCAAAAUCAUUGGAAUUCUUUGUAUUGUUGCACAUACCUGAAUCAAUGUUUAGUCGUCAGCAAUUCUUUCUUUUCU